UGCCGUAUUGGGCAUUCAGGUUUAUAGAAGAUAUUCUAACUUAAGUUAACCUCUAAGUUCCUUGCUAUACGUCCUUUUAGCUAGCUCACAACUCUCCUAGGUUUUCUUUUUCUUUUACAAAACUUCCUUUCUUUCAAUACCCCACCCUUCCCUCUUUUAUUUGUUCUAGCUUUUAUCUUAAAGAGAGAGUUUUCAGCUCUCUCCCAGAAUUCUCUUGUUUCUUUUUAUCAUUUCUAAGAGAAAAUGGUGAUCCUCAAAUUUUAAGUUUUUGUCUUUUAAAGUAUUAUUUAUAUAGAUAUAUCCAUCAGGGUUUUAAGUUGGGGAAGUUGUGAAAAGAGGGGUGGGGAAAUGUGGGAUCUUAAUGACUCUCCUUAUCAGCACCCAAGAGACGACGAAUCCGAGGGGUGCUUAUCGCAGAAAACUUCGGUAGAUGGUGAUGAAGAUAAGGGUAAACGGGUCGGAUCCGUUUCGAAUUCAAGUUCGUCAGCUGUGGUGAUCGAGGACGGAUCGGAGGAAGAAGAUGGGGAGAGGGUUAAAGAGGCAUUAAAGAAGAGAAGCAGCAAGAUGAUUUUUGGGUUCUCGGUGCCUCAUGAAGAAGAUUUCGUGGAGAGGAGUGACCCAGCUCCAGUGACCCAUCAGUUUUUCCCACUGGAUCAAGACCCGGAAAUGGGGGUCACCUCUGUCGGAAGUGGACCAGGGUUCCCUCGGGCUAAUUGGGUUGGUGUCAAAUUCUGUCAAUCGGAGCCUCUUCCCCAUGCCAAAUCCGAUGAAGUUUCACAGCCGAUGAAGAAAAGCAGGAGAGGGCCAAGGUCAAGAAGUUCUCAAUAUAGAGGAGUUACUUUUUAUAGAAGAACUGGCAGAUGGGAGUCUCAUAUUUGGGAUUGUGGAAAGCAAGUUUACUUGGGCGGAUUCGACACAGCACAUGCAGCUGCUCGUGCAUAUGAUAGGGCAGCAAUCAAGUUCCGGGGAGUUGAAGCCGACAUUAAUUUUAGUAUUGAAGAUUAUGAAGACGACUUGAAGCAGAUGAGUAACCUAAGCAAGGAAGAAUUUGUGCAUGUACUUCGCCGACAAAGCACCGGAUUUCCUCGAGGAAGUUCCAAGUAUAGAGGGGUUACCUUACACAAAUGUGGCCGAUGGGAAGCUAGAAUGGGCCAAUUAUUAGGCAAAAAAUACGUUUAUUUAGGCUUGUUCGACACCGAGAUCGAAGCCGCAAGGGCUUAUGACAGAGCAGCAAUUAAGUGCAAUGGCAAAGAUGCCGUCACUAACUUUGAUCCCAGCAUAUACGACAAUGAGCUUAACACUGGUGAAACUUGGGGUAAUGCUGGAGAUCAAAACCUUGAUUUGAGCUUAGGGAAUUCAACCCCAAAGCAAAAGAAUGUAGAGUUUGGUGGUGAUAGGCAAAUUGCUAUGGGUGAUAAUCAGCAUAGUCUGCCACCUUCAGGCGAUUGGCGAUGGGGGGGAUUUAGGUCUCAGCAGUUAAAUCUGCAGAAGGAACCUAAUAGAAGUGAUGGUACUAAUCAUCAAAGAUCCGAUGGAUAUGGUGAGGCGGAAGCAAUGCAGCUGUUGAGCCAAACUCAUAUUCAAUCUCCAGCAUCAAUCAAGUCUAAUGAACUGCAAUCAUAUGGACAGUUCAGGAGACCUGGAGAUAACAAUGUGUUCCACAUUCCUCCCCACAUUAAUCCGUCGUCUUAUCAGAUUCAUUUUCCAAGCAGCAGCAAUGGAGGCGGAAUCAGUAGGGAUCUUUUGCAAUCGACUAAUGAGCAACAAUGGCAAUGGGGUACUCACCAAAUGUUUGGAAAUUCUGCAGCAUCAUCAGGAUUCCCAUCGCAGACCAGACCUGCUUCCCAAACAUGGCUGCAGAAAAAUGGGUUCCACUAGCUCUUGUGACCCUCCUAACCCAUCUUUUUUUUCACCUUGUUGGCAUUUUAAGCAUGUAAAGAUCAAUGCUUUGAGAUUAAGUCUUGAAAAAUUUUACCAUCUCCCCCUACAACUUCGUCGGACUAUUAUCAUCGGUAGGCCUAUAAAUGAACUGAACGUUCAGCGAACCGUUCAUGAACUGUGCGG